CAAGAGCGCUGACAUAGAUACUUGCCUCGAUGGGGAAGGCGGACGAAUCGAACGCGAUACUGGACCUCACCCGUACGUUAGUCAGCCUUAUGCAGGAAAGCAAGAAGGAGCAGCACGAGUAUAAUGCGCGAAUGAAAUCGCUGAUGCGCUCCAUGCGUCCCAUUAACGUUCGCGUCGCCCCCCUUCCUGCUGGAGCGCCUGUUGCCACAGCCACGGGGGCUGGUACGAGCACGACUCCCCGAACUGACACGUGUUAUGCGUGCCAUCAACCCGGCCACAUGGCAAGAGACUGUCCCCAACGACAAGUACGAAUAGAGGCAUCCCCAGCAGCGGCAGCCCCCCUGGCUAACAGACCUGGACGGGUAGGGACGAUAGUAGAGGAAAUUGAUGGAGCAGUACCGACAGCAGUUGCUACCGACGAGGCCGCGGAGCUCAUCCCACUCGAUCAGUUCCUCUCCUUGGGAUAUCCGGGGCCGAGUAUGAUAGGGGCGAUCCAGUCGGUGGAUGACGAACGAGAGAUCUCGGAGUGGCGACCAUCCCCCGGUGAGAUGGAAUCCAGUGGCCCCGAGUUCAUCACUGGAAAGAUCGAUGUUCUCGACAUCGUCCGAGCCUUAGAUCACCGCAUCCCGCUUCCGAUUGGACACUUGUUGUCCAUAUCGGAAGAAGCCAACGAUCGUAUGCUCCAGCAUUGCAAGGCCAAUCGAAAAAGAUUUGCACUCACCAAGCUGGCAGCGACCAAAGGAAAGUCUCCUGCAAAAGAGACAAAACCAGACGUGCCAGGAACUUCGGAACCCGUACGCCUGAGGCUCAUCCAGAAAAGCGAUUACUUUCUACUCCCGCUCAUCAAACCUUUGCAGUGGGAGAUAUGGUGUGAACACUGCUUGACUCUUUCUCUGUGCCUUGUCGAGAUCGAGCUAACGUGGACCCGGGACAGUGAGCACCGCGCCGUGAACGAAGAUGUGGAGCUACUUAUUAUCCAAGCUUGGAGGACCGAAGUGGAAGGAGACCUGAUAGGAUUCGUCUUUGGAGCAGUGGCACCUGGGCAUCGGCAGACGAUCGUGGGGGAGCUUUUAAUUCCCUUCACGCAACUGCUAGACGACCUGCCGAUCGACAUCAUCUCGCAAUGCGACGAGAAUCCGGCGCCGCACAGUCUAUCGCGGAGUUUGACGCCGUACCUGCAAUGGUCGGCUUGUCUGGAGAAUCAAUGGGGGAACGGUAGCUACCCGUCGCGCGCAGAGUACCUAAAUCCCCUGGGUAUAACCGACGUUCUCUUCUUCCAACACGGAACGACGUGGAGAAAGGAAGCGGAAGAAGAAGAGGAGGAGACCUCUGAGGAGGAGGAGACCUCUGAAGAGGAGGAAAAUUACAGUGAGUAUAGUGACCACGAGUCGGGGGCGGCGAGCGAAGAGAGCGAAGAAGACGACGAAGAAGAAGAAGACGGGGCGAGUGCCGAAGAAGAGGUGGACCAAGCGGAAGCACAAGAGGACGAUCCUACGCUGAGCAACGGAGGGCGGAGAUAGCGAAAGGAAAGCGGCCCUUAGAGC